AAAUGUCUUCGCAGCACUAUAUAGAGACCGCUCUAGCUUCGUCGUAGACUCAAAGCCCUAGGUCUGCCUAGGUAGUCAUCGUGCCUCUCUGCUAUCUCAACGCCAUCAUGCAUCUCAACCAAGCACCUCCGGCUCUGACCGGCCCCAAGCAUCUUCUCUCCGCUGAAAUUGGCGUCAAGGAGAUCAUCAGCAAGACACCCGGCUCCGGCUCGGAUGCAGGCUCGGUCACAACAGCCUAUGAUGAUAUCCCUACUUCAAUCAUGACGGCGGAUGCUCUUGCUGCUGCCAUAUCAGACUCCAAGCGUGCAAGCAACAAUCCCUCAGUUCCAGUGGCAAUCUGCGGCAUGGCUAUGCGCCUGCCUGGAGGUAUCACAUCCUCCGAGCAGUUCUGGGAUCUGCUGGUUAACAAGCGUGACGCUCGUAGUCGCAUUCCAACCUCACGCUACGAUGUGGAUAGUUUCCUCUCUUCCACCGGCAAGAGUGGAACGGUCAACACAACUCAUGGUUACUUUCUGGACCGCGACCUUACCCAGUUUGACGCUUCGUUGUUGUCCAUGACGAGGAACGAAGUCGAAAAGCUGGAUCCUCAACAGCUGUUGCUCCUGGAAAUCACCAGGGAAUGCCUUGAGAAUGCAGGCGAAGCGGACUGGAGAGGCAAACGGAUUGGUUGCUAUGUGGGAACCUUUGGACAAGAUUGGUUUGAGAUGCAAUCCAGAGAUACCCAGGAGGCCGGACCCUACCGGAUCACUGGAACAGAAGACUUCUUGUUGGCCAACAGAAUCUCGUAUGAGUACGACUUCAAGGGGCCAAGCUUCAUCGUCAAGACUGCUUGCUCAAGCUCGCUGAUUUGCCUUGAUCUGGCCACCAAGGCAAUACAGAACGAGGACAUCUCCAGUGCCAUUGUCGGAGGUUCCAACUUGAUCAUGAACAUGAACAUGACUCAGGCUCUUGCUGAACAGGGAGUUCUCAGCCCAAAUGGCUCAUGUCGGACCUUUGACGCUGACGCUGACGGCUAUGCCCGAGGCGAGGCUGUCAACAUGAUCUACCUCAAGCGCCUCGACGAGGCCAUCAGGGAUGGCAACCCCAUCCGUGCCAUCAUCAGGGGAACAGCAACCAACUUCGACGGCAAGACGCAAGGCAUUGCGCAGCCCAGUUCCAAAAGCCACGAGGCAUUGAUACGAGACUGUUACAACAAAGCGGGUAUCAGCGACUUCACCCGGACGGCCAUGGUUGAGGCACAUGGCACAGGCACAAAGACUGGAGACCCCAUCGAGACAACCGCCAUUGCCAAUGUCUUUUACGAAAAGGGUGUAUACAUCGGCUCUGUCAAGCCGAACCUGGGCCACGCCGAGGGUGCUUCUGGCCUAACUGGCGUCAUCAAGAGUGUUCUGGCGCUUGAGCACAAAGUCAUUCCUCCCAACAUCAAGUUUGACAAGCCGAACCCAAAGAUUCCGUUCCAAAAGGGCCUCCGAGUGCCGGUGGAACCGACCCCUUGGCCCCGAGACCGCCACGAGCGUAUCAGCGUCAGCAGCUUUGGAAUAGGCGGCGCUAAUGCCCAUAUCAUCCUGGACUCGGCAGACUCCUUUUCGGUUCCCAUGGUUUUGACCAGUCCCAAGUCGGCGCCCAGACUCCUGGUUGUCACGGGUAGCCUUCGUGACUCCGUACUCAAGGGAGCCCGAGACAUUGUCGACUAUCUUGACAAACAUGCUGACUCUGUGAGAGACUUGGCUUAUACCCUUGGAGAGCGGCGGGAACAUCUCGAUUUCCGUUCAUACGCGGUGGCAGUUGAAAGCGCACCCACUGUGUUUGCCGCGCCCCAAAAGGCGGCCAGUACCCCUUCGGGUGUCGUUUUCGCAUUCAAUGGCCAAGGCAGCCAGUGGGCCAAUAUGGGAUCAACAUUGAUUUCCAGUUUUCCCUCUGCCUCGGACGACCUCGAUAUCAUGGACAAGGUGUUGUCAGGCUUGCCAUGUCCGCCGGCAUGGACUCUGAGAGACGAACUUUUACGCCCCAAAGAGACAAGCAAUGUCAACAAGGCAGAGUUCUCGCAGCCUCUCUGCACAGCCGUUCAGAUCAUCAUUGUUAACCUGCUGAGAAAGUUUGGAGUCGUCCCGGCAGGUGUCGUCGGUCAUUCGAGCGGAGAGAUUGCUGCGGCAUAUGCUGCCUCCGCCUUAGACAUGCAAGAGGCCAUCGUUGCUGCGUAUCUGCGAGGUUUUGUCAUGGGACAGCAGACCGGCCAAAAAGGAGCCAUGGCCGCUGUUGGAUUGGGCAAAGACGGGGUGGACCUGUUUCUCGUCCCUGGCGUGGUGGUUGCCUGCGAAAAUAGUCCAACCAGCGUGACAUUGUCCGGCGACGCGGACAAGAUCGACCAAGUCAUUGCCGAGAUCAAAGAGGAAGCCCCUGAUGUGUUUGUAAGAAAGCUGGUGGUGGAGAUGGCGUACCACUCCCAUCACAUGAAGAGCGUUGGCGAGGUAUACGAAACAAUGCUUCGUCCUUUUGUUUCAAGCAAGUCGCCCUCGGUGCCGUUCUUCUCAACCGUCACCAACAAAAUCCUUGACCAGGGAGGAUCUCUGGAUGCUUCGUACUGGAGAAGCAAUCUGGAAUCACCAGUGCUCUUCAACACGGCUGUUCAAACUGUCCUUGCUCGUUUUCCCGAGAGCAUUAUUGCCGAAAUUGGACCUCAUUCGGCGCUUGCUGGUCCUCUCAGACAGAUCAUGCAGACCUUUCAGCCAAACAAGGUCGAAUACCUCCCUACUUUGGUCAGAGGCCAAGAUGGGACUAUCAACAUGCUAACGUUUGCCGGCGAGCUAUUCACAAGAGGCUUCAAGCUUGCAUUUCAAGACAUCAACCCCCGUGGCAAAGUCUUGACCAACCUCCCCAACCAUCCCUGGCAUUAUGAGGGUCAAUACUGGUACGAAAGCCGCCUGUCCCACAUGAAGAGAUUUCCCAAGUUUCCCCGUCACGACCUCUUGGGGUCUCACAUUGCCGAGUGCGGUGAUGCUGAGCCUGCAUGGCGAAACAUUUUGCGCCUCGCUGAUGUCCCCUGGAUCAGAGAUCACAUGGUCGGGCCCGAUAUCGUUUUUCCUGCGGCAGGCUACAUUGCCAUGGCAGGUGAAGCCGUUCGACAGGUCACGGGCUGCACUGAUUACACUCUCCGAGAGGUAUCCAUCGGCCACGCCAUGAUAUGCCGAGACUCGGGGCACAACGAGACCGUUUUAACGCUGCGUCCCCACCGUUUGACAACGAGCCUGAACUCGGCGUGGUACGAGUUUACAAUCUCGUCGUGCAACGGAGGGGCGUGGACCAAGCACUGCUCUGGUCAGGUCAGAGGUGGACGUCACCUUGACGGCGUCGAGGUGCCCGCAAUCAGCGACCUGCCGAGAAAGAUUGCGGCAGGACCGUGGUACCAGACGUGGCGCAAUGUCGGGCUCAACUACGGUCCUCGGUUUCAGGGCAUCGAGAGGCUUUCUGCUCAUCCUGCUGAGAACAAGGCUGUGGCUCACAUCGUCAACCGAAUCGAUGAGAACGACUCUGUCUAUCAGCUUCACCCGACGACCAUUGACUGCUGUCUCCAGUUGUUCAUGGCAGCGGCUUGCCGUGGACAGACACGAGCCAUGCACAAGCGGUCGAUCCUCCCCACGUCCCUUGGUGAUGUCUACAUCGGGACUUUGGGUGCCAAUAAUGAGAUGACUGUGGAGGCUGGGGCUGACUACACAGUCAGAGGAGGCGUCGAUGGCACAUGCAUGGGCGUUGGUCGAAACAAUGAGGAUAUUGUGCUGGUCAUCAGAGACAUCAAACUCUCCCCUGUGGGGGAAGAAGAGCCUGCUUCUGAAGUUGAUCCUCAUGCUGGCGCGCACCUCGUAUGGAAGCCCCAUGUGGCCUUUCAAGACCUGAGAGACUUGGUCGACGUCCGGACCCUAGUGGAGCGAGAAACAUUUCCCUUGUUGCAAAAGUUGACGCUAUGCUGCUCCAUCGAGGCUUGUAAGCGCCUGGAGGGCUUCAUCCAUACAAUCACCCAUGAGCAUCUCAGGAAAUUUCAUGCUUGGUUGCACGCCCAAGUGGAACAGGCCAAGACUCGGGGAUAUGCCCUCGUCGAUAAUGUUGACGAACUCCUCCAGCUAUCCUCGACGGAGCGAGUGACUCUUAUUUCCCAAACAGCCAGGGAGAUUGAGAGCACAGAGGCAUCCAUCAUUGGCACGGCUGUUCACAGGAUCUUUGAUGCAAUCGAGGAGAUUUUCCGCGGCGACAUUGAAGCGCUCGAGGUUCUUCGAGAGGGAGAUGUGUUGACCGACUUGUACAACUUCAUUGACAACAAGAAUUACAGCCAAUUCUUAAGACUGCUGAGCCACAGCAAGCCGAACCUAAAGAUUCUCGAAGUCGGGGCCGGCACUGGAGCAACGACCGAGGUAGUCUUGGGUUCGCUGGAUUCCUUCUCGUCCUACACCUUCACCGACAUCUCUGCUGGCUUUUUCCCUGCGGCCAAGGAAAGAUUCGACAAAGUCAAAGCCAUGGAGUUUAUGCCCCUUGAUAUCAGUAUUGACCCAGCAAGUCAGGGAUUUAAACUUGGCUCAUAUGAUCUCGUCAUUGCCACCAACGUCUUGCACGCCACGCCCAGCCUGCACGAGACGCUUGUCAACGUGAGGAAGCUACUGAAGCCUGAUGGGCAGAUGCUUUUGCAAGAGCUUUCCCCAACGACAAAGUGGUUCAACUACACCAUGGGCCCGCUUUCGGGUUGGUGGCUGGGAGAGGCAGAUGGUCGUCCCGACGAACCAUACGUUGGCCAUCAAAGAUGGAUUGAUGAAAUGUCCAAAGCUGGGUUUGAGCAUGCUCACCCGGUUAUGCUCAAUGAAGAGGACGCGUUCUACGAGCUCAACAUUACCUGGGUCGCAUCGUGUGCUCCUCCUGCUCCCGUGGACCGCCGAGGCAUCUCCGUCCUGUCAGCGCAGCCAGAAAGCCCCGUUGCCAACGCCGUGGUCAAGGCCCUCCAGAACCGCAAUUUUGAAGUGGAAAUCAUUGGGCUCCAUGACACUCCAAAGAGCGACAUAAUCUCCAUUCUCGAUCUCGAGACAAACAACCCCUUCCUCGAUGGUUUAUCUCCAACCACCUUCUCCCAGCUCCAGGCAUUUACCACGAACCUCGGCAGCUCAAGCGGCUUUGGAAUGCUCUGGUUGACUAAAUCGUCCCAAGUCAACUGCACAGAGCCCCAGUACUCACGUAUUCUUGGUCUCGCUCGCACUAUUCGCAAUGAGCUUCUCGUCGACUUUGCCACCCUUGAGCUCGAAAACCUGGACUUUUUGGCUUCUGACGAACAGAUGAAUACAAUCUGCCAAGUUCUCUGCCAGUUUCAACAGCAAAUCGCCUCUGGUGGAGACCAAGGCGACGACGAUUCCGGGCCCGACUACGAGUAUGCUCUGAUCAAAAACACCGUUUAUGUCCCUCGUUUCCAUCGCUUUUCUGUGGAGGACAGCUUAGCUCUCGAAGCUGACUCGGCAUCCGCCGGAGCGGCUAAGAAGCUCAAAGUAACGAAACGGGGCUCGCUGAAAGGCCUCGAAUGGGUAAAUGUCCCCAACUCAGAGCUCGGCGCAUCCACGCUGGUUGGUGAUGAGGUUAUUGUCGACACAAGAGCGGCAGGGAUGAACUUCAAGGACAUCCUUACCGCUAUGGGGGUGAUUGACGGACAAAAGGUCGAGGGGACAGGGCUGGGGUUGGAGUGCGCCGGUGUCGUCAGCGCUGUCGGACCCGGUGCUGCUUCCAAUGGCCUCAAAGUGGGAGACAGGGUGGCUGUGGGCGCGUUCAACAGCUAUGCCACCAGGGUAAAGGCGAGAAUUGUGGCCAAGAUACCAGACGAGGUCUCAUUCGAAGAAGCAGCGACAAUUCCGAGCGUGUACUGCACGGUUAUCCAUGGCUUGUUGGAUCUGGCAAGGCUGAAAGCCGGUCAGUCCGUUCUCAUCCACUCCGCCUGUGGCGGGAUUGGUAUCGCAGCGAUCCAUGUUGCUCGCAUGGUAGGAGCGGAGAUUUAUGCAACAGUCGGUAGCGAAGAUAAGGUCCAGUACCUUGUUGAUACCUUUGACGUCCCGAGACAGCGCAUUUUCCACUCUCGAGACUCUAGUUUUGUGGAUGGCGUCUAUCGUGAAACAAAGGGGCAGGGCGUUGAUGUUGUUCUCAACUCUCUGUCGGGGGAUCUCCUCCAUGCUUCGUGGAAAUGCGUUGCCGAGUUUGGCAGCAUGGUCGAGAUUGGCAAGAGAGAUUUCAUCGGCCACGGUAAGUUGGCCAUGGACAUGUUUCAGGAGAACCGCUCCUUCUUCGGCGUGGACCUUGCGCCCAUGUACGUCAAGAGACCAGAAAUGGCCAAAAGCUUGCUGGAACGGGCCAUGGCGUUUUACAAAGCAGGAAAGAUUCAUCCUAUCCUCCCGAUGACUUGCUACGAUUGGUCCAAGCUGGAAGACGGGUUGCGGUUCAUGCAGACAGGACAGCAUACCGGCAAGCUGGUGCUGCGUAUGCCUGGGGACCCUUUACUUCUCCCGGCUACAGCCACUGUUCGGAGCGGGUUUUCCCUUCGUGCAGAUGCAUCGUAUCUUCUUGUCGGUGGGCUGGGUGGCCUGGGUCGACAGGUAGCCAUCUGGAUGGCAGAGAGCGGCGCAAGGCAUCUGGUUUUCUUGUCUCGAAGCGGCCAAGAUGCUCCAGAAGCUUCCCAACUUACCGAGGAGCUUGCCGCCAUGGGCUGCGCCGUCAAGGUCAUCAAGGGUAGUGUAACAAGCUUGCAAGAUGUCCGCCGGGUCGCAUCCGAGGCACGGCCCCCUGUUGCUGGUGUGGUUCAGCUGGCCAUGGUUCUGAGGGAUGCCGCAUUCCCCCAAAUGACACACAGCGACUGGGAGGCAGUCAUGGGCCCCAAGGUUGAAGGGACAUGGAACCUGCACAAGGCCUUUUCGGACGAAAGCCUCGAUUUUUUCGUUCUCUUUGGGUCUUCCUCUGGUGUCUGGGGCAACCGGGGGCAGGCCAACUACGCUGCUGCCAACACGUUCCUAGAUUCGUUUGUUCAGUAUCGCCAUCAUCUCGGUCUCUGCGCGUCGGUCAUGGAUGUUGGCAUUGUGGGCGAUGUCGGCUACGUGAGCCAGAACAAGGCCGUCAAAGAGCUAUUCCAGUCCAAGGGUGCGCAUAUCCUGAGCGAGCAAAAGGUUCUUGAUGCUCUAGAGCUUGCAAUCAAGACAUCAGCCCCCCCUGCUCCGAAGAGGUCCGCAACCGCUGAAUCCUUUGUCAACCAGAGUCAGCUGGCUAUUGGGCUGAGGGUCGAUGAGUCGCGAGCUUCGGCCCAGAAUCGUGCCGUCUCGCUGUGGGGUCGAGACCCUAGAUUCGGUGUGUUGCGAAGCCAUGAGAAGCAAAAGGCCGGCACAGCGGGCAGUAUGCCAAGCGCAAUGCUGGAGAAGCAGGAUGGCUGCACUGAUCUCGACGAAUUAUUUGCUGCUGCGAGCGACAAUGCUCAGAUAUUUGCUGAGCCGUCUGCCAGCGCCAUCAUUUCGCGGCACAUUGGCACAACGCUUCUGACCUUCAUGAUGAAGCCGGUCGAGAGCCUGGAUGUCACGGCAAGCCCGGUAUCGUUGGGCAUCGAUUCUCUGAUGGCUAUCGAGUUGCGCAACUGGUGUCGGCAGCGGCUGGGAACUGAGGUGACGGUUCUGGAGAUUAUGGGGGCGCCGUCGAUUGAGAGUCUGGGGAUGAGUGUCGUGGAGAGACUGCUGGCUGAAAGAGCAUGAGGCUGUGUAGCUGCUAGCAAAGGUCCACUAUCCUUUCAAAUAAUGAAUCAUAAUGAAUCAU